AUGAGCAGCACUUUUGCAUCAGACCUCUGCUAUUUCCCGCCAUUGGUGUUGCCAGCUACACCAACUACACAAGUCAAACGCAUAUUUCUAUGCAGACAUGGCGAAACUGAGCCCAACGCUCGUGGGGUUUUACAAGGAUCCGGCAUUGACGAGUACUUGAAUGCCAUGGGAGUUGAACAGGCACAACAUCUCCGUGACUGUCUUGCAUCUGUUAAAGUAGAUUUGAUCAUCAGUAGUGCUCUCAAGCGAGCACGCCAAACAGCAGAGAUUGUCAAGGAAAAACAUCCAGAUAUUCAACUCUUGGAAGUUUCCGAGCUGGCAGAAAUCAGUUGGGGAAAAUGGGAUGGUCAGAUUGAAGCUGAUCUCAGGAUCUUGCUGAAUCGAUGGAUAAAUGGCGAUUUUCACGCCAUGGCGCCGCGUGGCGAGAGUCCAUUUCAAGUGGAAGCACGAGCUGUUCCUGCAUUCUAUAAUCUGAUGCUUAAUCGGCCAGAAACAAACAUUGUUUUUGUCGUGCAUGGCCGACUACUUCGCAUCAUGCUUUCAUCCAUUUUAUUCCAAAACCUCAAUCACAUGAAUGACUUUACCCAUCACAACACCUGCAUCAAUCUUAUCGAUGUAUCCAUAGAAUCAGAUUUAAAUCACAUAGGCGAUAAAAUCAAUAUUGAUUUAACCAAACUAAAAACACCUUUCAAUACAAAGUCUCGAAAACCCGUACUGGACGAUAACGUGGUAAUAGCAGAUACACCAGCAAUAGAAUCGCCACCAGAACUAUUUGAACAAAGUGGAUGCAUAUUGGAUAGCAGUUUUGAAAGCGCUGUGCCUACUGUGGUCCAUCCUGCGUGUUUUACCCUUACACCGCUUCUUUUAGAUGAUAGGAGACACUUGACUCCACGUUUUCAAUAG